UACAAUAGGGUUUGGAUCCCUGAUAAUGAAGAAGUUUGGCAGUCUGCAGAAAUCACAAAAAACUACAAAGCUGGAGACCGUUUUCUCCACGUGCAAUUAGAAGAUGGAACUGAACUGCAUUACCCUAUUGAUCCAGCUGUUUUGCCACCCCUACGAAAUCCUGACAUACUUGUUGGUGAAAAUGAUCUCACUGCACUUAGUUAUCUCCAUGAACCAGCUGUUCUACACAAUCUUAAAGUUCGUUUUGUGGAGUCUAAGCUUAUCUACACCUAUAGUGGAAUAAUUUUGGUUGCAAUAAACCCCUAUAAACAGUUACCAAUAUAUGGAGAUGCUAUUAUCCAUGCAUAUAGUGGCCAAAACAUGGGGGACAUGGAUCCACAUAUAUUUGCUGUGGCAGAAGAAGCAUACAAGCAAAUGGCAAGAAAUAACAAAAAUCAGUCUAUUAUAGUCAGUGGAGAAUCAGGAGCUGGAAAGACUGUGUCUGCAAGAUACACUAUGAGAUACUUUGCCACUGUGAGUAAGUCAAGCAGCAAUGUACAUGUGGAGGAUAAAGUACUGGCAUCCAAUCCAAUAACCGAGGCUGUUGGCAAUGCAAAAACCACGCGGAACGACAAUAGCAGUCGAUUUGGAAAAUACACUGAAAUCAGUUUUGAUCAGAGUUACCAAAUCAUUGGAGCUAACAUGAGAACAUACCUGCUUGAGAAAUCCAGAGUUGUCUUUCAGUCAGAGAAUGAGAGAAACUACCAUAUAUUUUAUCAGUUGUGUGCAUCUGCUAUGCAACCUGAAUUUAACCAUCUUAAAUUGGGAAGUGCAGAAGAAUUUAACUACACAAGAAUGGGUGGCAGCACAGAAAUAGAAGGAGUUGAUGACAGAGCAAAUAUGGUGGAGACUCAGAAGACAUUUGCCUUACUGGGUCUGAAGGGGGAUUUUCAGCUGGAUGUUUUUAAAAUACUGGCAGCAAUCCUACACUUAGGCAACGUGGAAAUAACAGCUAUUGGAGAUGAAAGAUCAUCCAUCAGU